AUGAAACCAGAUGCCUUUGCUCUUGUUGACCUCGUUCGAACUGCUACUUGUAUUUUCUGCUACAAAUUUGGACAACAGCUUCACAGUUAUGCUUUACGUUCUGGGUAUCAUUAUUCCAAUAUUUAUGUUUCUACCUCUUUGAUCAAGUUUUAUGUUACAGUGCAUUCUUUCAAUGAUGCUCAUAAUCUGUUUGAUGAAAUUCCUGAACCAAAUGUUGUUUCUUGGAACACUUUGAUUUCUGGGUAUGUCCAUGGUGGUCUGUUUAGAAAAGCAUUGUCUCUUUUUGGAAAUCUAGAAAGGUCAGAGAUUUGUGCUGACGCAUUCUCUUUCACGUCUGCUAUGGCUGCUUGUGCCCAACUAGGCCUGUUGAAACUGGGAAGUUCAAUUCAUUCUAAGACAGUGAAAUUAGGGAUGAGUAAUGACACUGUUGUGGCAAAUUGCUUGAUUGAUUUGUAUGGGAAAUGCGGCUUUGUUGAACAGGCUGUCAGGGUAUUUUAUGAUAUUAUAGACAAGGAUGUUAUUUCUUGGAAUUCGGUUAUAGCAGCAUGUGCAAACAAUGGUAACAUUGAACUUGGUUUCAAGUUUUUGCAGCUCAUGCCUAAUCCUGAUUCGAUUUCUUAUAAUGGGCUGAUAAAUGGAAUUGCUCAGGGUGGAAGGAUAGAAGAUGCUGUUUGGAUUUUGACUACUAUGCCAUGUCCAAAUUCAUCUUCUUGGAACUCCUUAAUUACUGGAUUUGUGAAUAGGAAUCGAGUUUCUGAAGCUUUGGAUAUGUUUGGUAAAAUGCAGUUGAGAAACUUGCCGAUGGAUGAGUUCACAUUUUCUAUAAUUUUAAAUGGAAUUGCUGGUCUGCCAGCUUUAACAUGGGGGAUGCUGAUUCAUUGUUGUACAGUAAAGUACGGUUUAGAUUCAUCGGUUGUUGUAGGGACUGCCCUGAUCGACAUGUACUCAAAAUGUGGGCGGGGGAACGAUGCGGAAUCAAUAUUCAACGUGCUUUCUGAUAGGAAUCUGGUAUGCUGGAAUGCAAUGAUAUCUGGGUAUGCUCGCAACGGUGAUUUUGCACAAGUUAUCAGUCUCUUCGAGUUGCUGAAAAUGGAAAGAGAUACAAAACCUGACGGCAUCACAUUUCUUAACCUUAUAUCAGCAUGUUCCCAUAGCCAAGUACCAUUUGAGUCUGCUAUUAGUUACUUCGACGCUAUGAUAAAUGAAUAUGAGAUUGCACCCUCCAUUGAGCAUUGUUGUUCAAUGAUACGGCUCAUGGGGCAAAAAGACGAGUUGUGGAGAGCACAGAGGAUGAUACAUGAGCUUGGUUUCGAGUCAUGUGGAGUAGUUUGGAGGUCUUUGCUAGGUGCUUGUGGAACUCAGGAAGAUUUACAAGUAGCAGAAGUUGCCGCUGCUAAGGUGAUUGAAUUGGAGAGAGAUGAAGAUUAUGUGUAUGUGAUGUUGUCUAAUAUGUAUGCAUCUUUUGGAAGAUGGGAAGAUGUUAAUGUAAUUAGAAGCUUCAUGAGUAAGAAAAGGGUUAGGAAAGAAGCAGGUUCUAGCUGGAUAGAAAUAGAUAGCUUUGUCCGAUAUGAAAGAAGAGUGUGA